AUGCGGCUGUGGCCUUUUCUGCGGGCUCCGGCGGUGGGCUGGCGGGAGCGGUUCGAGUGCGGCGGCUGGGAAGUGGCCCGCUGGUUCCCCGGGCACAUGGCCAAAGGGCUGAAAGACAUGAAGAGCCGCCUGCACCAGGUAGACUGUUUGCUGGAAGUGCACGAUGCCCGCAUCCCACUCUCUGGUCGGAACCCUCAGCUCCAGGAAGCCCUGGGUAUCCGUCCACACUUGCUGGUGCUGAACAAGAUGGACGUCGCAGAUCUAACUCACAAAUCGCGGAUUCUGGAAUGUUUGGAACAGCAAGGCGUCCAACACGUCCUUUUCACAGAUUGCCUCAAGGAUGAAAACGUUAAGAAGAUUGUUCCCCUUGUCACAGGAUUGGUGGAGAAGAGCCAGCGCUAUCAGAGGGCUGAGAAUGUUGAAACGUCCAUAAUGGUCAUUGGUGUGCCAAAUGUGGGGAAAUCCUCAGUCAUCAAUUCACUAAGAAGGCUGCACCUCAAAAAAGGGAAAGCCUCUAGUGUUGGUGCAGAACCAGGUGUUACCAGAGCUGUCCUUACCAGAAUCCAGGUGUGUGACCGGCCCCUCAUGUUCCUCCUGGAUACCCCUGGAGUGCUGUCUCCCCGAAUUGAGUCUGUGGAGAUUGGCUUGAAGCUUGCGCUGUGCGGCGCAAUCCGGGAUCACCUAGUAGGUGAGGAGGUCAUUGCCGAUUACCUGCUUUACACACUGAACCAUCAGCAGCAAUUCAGCUAUGUGGAGCACUACAAAAUGACCAGCCCUUGUGAUGAUGUAGAGACGGUACUCAAGACCAUAGCAGUACACCUGGGCAAGACGCGUCGAGUCAAAGUACUGACGGGCACAGGAGACGUGGUGGUGAGGGCCCCCAACUACAGCGCAGCAGCGGUUCACUUCAUCCACUCUUUCCGCAAGGGGCUUCUGGGGAAGGUGAUGCUCGACUGA